UUCCCGCGGCUCUGGGGGAAGCGGCCGGGAGACUCCAGGUGUCUGCUGGUCCAUGGGCUGACACCUUCGGUUCCGUGCCGCUUUGCUCACCUGCAGGUGAGAGGUGGGAUGGAGUGAAGUCAUCGGUGUGAGUCCGCCCGUGGGGAAAGGCAAGGCUCUUCUGGGGGCAGGAAAAAGGUGUAGUUGCUUUCUUUUGGAAAGGGAAGAAUGGAAGAGCUGUAUUACCCACUUGUGCUGAGCUGUGGCUUUGGUGUUGAGUUAGGAGCAUCAGGAAUCAUUUCCUAACAUGUUUCCAGUGAUAAUAUAUGUAUAUGUUAAAGGAUGAGGCAAGACGUUUUAGAGUUGAAACAUAGAAGUGAAACUUAGGGUGCAAAUGUAUUGUGCAGCAUUUUAUUUAGUGGUACUAUCUACUUUAAUCUUGCAUGCCCCGUCUUUACUUGGGUCCCAUCUGUCGCUCCAGUCUAGCUGUGAACUUCGCGUUUGUCCGCAGGUGUGAUGUGCAAGCUAUGUGCUGUGCCUCUGGGAGCAGUAGAGAGCGAGGACACCUGGCAUGUGCUUAUUUAAUUUGUCAGCUUUUAUCCCCAAGUGACCAGUGCAAAUUGGAUACUGCUAUCCCAAAUGAAUUGAGAUGGUGGAUAAAUGUUUCCCCUCCUACAGGGAAGGCCUGACUGCUAAGACCAUUUUCUGGAGUCUUGAUGCUGCCAAAGUACAGAAUGAUGGCCUCUCAGGAGCAGGUCUGGCCAGUCCCAAUGAAGGCAAUUGGAGCACAAAACCUUCUGACAAUGCCUGGAGGAGUCACCAAGUCAGGAUAUCUUCAUAAAAAAGGAGGCACCCAGCUGCAGAUCCUGAAGUGGCCACUGAGAUUUGUGAUUAUUCAUGAGGGAUGUAUCUACUAUUUUAAGAGCAGCACAUCUGCAUCUCCCCAGGGUGCAUUUUCUUUGAAAGGUUACAACAGGGUUAUGCGGGCAGCUGAGGAAACAACAUCAAGCAAUGUCUUUCCUUUCAAGUUAGUUCACAUAAGCAAGAAACACAGGACGUGGUUUUUUUCAGCUUCUUCUGAAGAUGAAAGAAAGAAUUGGAUGCUAUCCUUGAGAAGGGAAAUUGAUCACUACCAUGAGAAGAAAGAAACAGUAACAGAAUUCAGUGACUCUGGCUCUGAUGCAGACAGUUUCUAUGGCUCAGUAGAACGUCCCAUUGAUAUCAAGUAUACCCAUCAUUCAGCAGAUAAUGAAGAUUAUGACCAGGAGGAAGAGGAUGAGUCUUAUUUGCAGCCGGAUACUUCUGACAUAGUGAAAGAUGAUAUGGUCCUGCCCCCUGCAUACCCACCUCCGCCCAUUCCUCACGUCAGGAAAUCUCCCUACUCAGAAGCAAGGGCACAUUCCUACUCUGGCAAACCAACUGCACCAGUACCACCACCACCUCCUAAGAGAAGCUUACCUGAAAUCAAACUAGAGCCACCCCCUGUGCCCCCUUUACCUGUGUUCAAAAAGUCUGCAAGUGCCAAAGAGUCUCACCCAGUGCCUGCAGAGCCUCUGCCUCCAGCCCAAGUCCUUGCUCCUGCAGAAGCAUGCGAGAAGCUGAAAAGCUUAAACCUUUCCCCGCGGACUCCUCCUCCUCUUCCAGGCAAUAAACCCAAGUUGUCACAGCUUGCUGAAAAGCUAGCAGAGCCCAAAGUGUCAAGGGAACAUUGUAAACCUGGACUGUUCGUGCCACCAGUGCUUCCAAAGCCACCUGUGCCAAGCCACCAGCCCCCUGCGGUCAAGCCUAGAACAGAGAAAUCUUUAUGUCCCCAGUUACAGAGAUCACCACCAGAUGGACAGAGUUUUAGAAGUUUUUCAUUUGAAAAACCAGCACUACCCUCCAAGCCAAGCCAACCUGAUGAUGACUCUGAUGAUGAUUAUGAAAAAGUUGGGCUGCCUGUUUCAAUAUUUCUUAAUACCUCUGAAUCUUUUGAAGUUGAAAGGAUAUUUAAAGCUAGUAGCCCACAAGGACGACCACAAAAUGGAUUGUACUGUAUUAGGAACUCAUCUACAAAGCCUGGAAAGGUAUUGGUUGUAUGGGAUGAGCCUGCAGGAAAAGUGAGAAACUACAGAAUAUUUGAAAAGGAUGGCAAAUUUUACCUGGAUUCUGACAUCAUGUUUUUGAACAUGGGAAGUUUGGUGGAAUACUACAGCACUCAUGUCUUACCCAGUCAUGACAGCCUGAUUCUCAGGUGUCCUUAUGGUUACUCUAAGCCAAGGUGACAUGACAGCCAUGGUUCACGGACACCCUACUGCCCCUGAGGACAGGAUUCCUGCCGCUGUUGGGCAUCCUGCUGUUUGCACAAAGAAACUGACUCUGUUUCCACCAUUUUUUCUCACAUGAAUUGUUAUAUAAAUUCCAUUUAAUUAACUUCUGGUAAAACCUUAAAGUCCGGGUCAGUGGAUUUUAUGAUCUUUUCUUUUAUGAAGACCUGAACUGAUUUUUCUGUGAAAGCUGUCCAGGAUACCCACACCUUUUAUAAAACUGCUGCUAUUACUAACCUCCUUAGAAUGUCAAAGAUGAACAAA